AUGAGCGACAGUACAGCCGCCGAAACGGCUCCUCCAGCCUCCGCUAGCACCAAACCCAAGUCUCCCAAGAAGAAGAAGGCGGCGGCUUCCAGGAAGAAACCAGCCGGUCCCGGGUUGGGCGAGCGGAUUGUGAAGAUUGUCGGGGAGAACAGCGAUCGGAAGGGGACGUCUCUGGUCGCUAUAAAGAAGGCGCUGCAGAGAAGCGGGGUCAAUGUGGAGAAGCAAAAUGCACAGAUCAGGAUGGCUGCCAAGAGGUGCCUGGCGAAAGGCUCCCUGGUUCUGGUGAAGGGCCAGGGCGUCUCCGGCUCCUUCAAACUCGCAAAGAAUCCAGUCAAGGCAAAAGUGGGAAAGAGGGCGAGACCAGCAGCAGCCGCCAAGAAAGCAGCCGUGAAGAAAACAACGAGCAAGAAGGUGGCAGCGAAAAAAUCCCCAGCCAAGAAAGCAACAGGCAAGAAAGCGGGCGGCAAGAAGGCAGCAACGCCAAAGAAAGCGGCGAAGAAAGCAGCGCCGAAGAAAAAGACUCCCGUGAAGAAGGUGAUAAAGACCAAGAGCCCCAAGGCCGCAAAGCCGGCCCCGAAAUCGAGGAAACCGAAGGCCAAGCCCAAAGCGAAAGUGACCAAGAAAGCAGCAAAGAAAUGAAGCAGUCCGUGCAACGUGU